AUGACCUCUAGUUAUGCCAUCCUCGGAGCAACAGGAAACUGCGGCAGUUCCCUCAUCCAGAUUCUACUUCAGAACCCAAAUGCCUCAGUCCACGCCUACUGCCGCAACAAGGCGAAACUAGAGAAAAAACUCCCAGACGAGGUCAAAGACCCUCGAGUUGAAGUCUUCGCAGGCUCAAUCAGCGAUGAAAAGUUAUUGGGCGACUGCAUCCGCGGAUGCAAGGCUAUCUUCCUCGUCGUCACAAUGAACGACAAUCUACCCGGGUGUCGAGUGGCCGAGGACACAGCCCGUGGGGUGGUUUCCGUUCUGAAGAAGAUGAACCCAAAACCCAUGCCCAAGCUGGUAGUUCUCUCGUCCGCCACUAUCGAUCCCCACCUGUCGCGCAACAUGCCGUGGUGGUUCCAUCCUAUCAUGAUCCGCGCCGGAUCUUACGUCUACGACGACCUGCGCGUUCAGGAAAAGUUCCUGCGUGAGCAGGAGGACUGGUUGACUACAAUCUAUAUCAAGCCUGGUGGUUUGGCACUCGAUCAGCCGCGGGGGUAUCGGCUGGACUUUGACAAUGAGUCAUCUUUUAUCGCGUACAUUGACCUGGCUGCGGCUAUGGUCGAGGCUGUUGAGGAUGUCGAUGGUCGAUAUGAUUUGAAGAAUGUCAGUGUCGUUAACACGGGACGGAGUGCUGCUUUCCCGUCGGGAACGCCCUUGACUAUCCUGUGUGGUCUGUUAAGCCACUACUUUCCUUGGAUGCAUGCUUAUUUGCCUAAGUCGGGAGCUUAA